UACGUCGUUUGCCGCGCUGGUGGCGACGAGCUCUCCGUGCUUGCAGCUGCCACGUGUUGCUGGCAGCGAUGAAUUUGCUCCGCCUCCUCGUCCUGCUGGCCCUGUGCGGGCCUGCGCACGGCACGUGGGACACCUGUGGAGGGACCUGCGGGCUCCGGCCCAUGGCUUCUCAGCACGGCGUGUCGCGCAUCGUGGGUGGCACAGAUGCCCAGCCAGGGGCCUGGCCCUGGAUCGUCAGCAUCCAGGAUCCCUGGAAAACAGGCACGGGGCAUACAUGCGGAGGGUCCCUCAUCAGCCCACAGUGGGUCCUCACAGCAGCCCACUGCUUCAUUGAGGCCAGGCACAUCACCAUGUGGCGCGUGGUGGUCGGGGCCACCCGGUUGACUCAGCUGGGCCCUGAGGCCCAAGUGCGCCAUAUCAAGCGGCUACUGGUUCACGAGCACUACAGUAACAUCACGCAGAGGAACGACAUCGCCCUGCUGGAACUGGACCAGCCUGUGCAGUGCAGCUACUCCAUCCAGCUUGCCUGUGUGCCCGACGCCUCGCUGAGAGUGUCAGAGCUGACAACCUGCUACGCCAGCGGCUGGGGUUCCACGACUGCAAGAUCUGGAGGAUCAACUGAUGUCCUGCAGGAGGCCAAGGUCCGCCUCAUUGAUGUCAACCUCUGUAACAGCAGCGGGUGGUACAGAGGGGCCAUCCACACCCACAACCUGUGUGCUGGCUACGCGCAGGGUGGCAUCGACACCUGCCAGGGCGACAGCGGUGGUCCUCUCGUCUGCAAAGAUAACAAUGCAGACUACUUCUGGCUCGUUGGAGUCACCAGCUGGGGGAAAGGCUGCGCGAGAGCAAGACAGCCCGGAGUCUACACCUCCACGCAGCACUUUUACGACUGGAUCCUGGCACAGAUGGGACUGCGCCCAGCAGUAUCGGCUACUCCAACGCCACAGCCAGGCUUCACCUCAAGCCCCUUUCAGAGGCCGAGACCCAUACCAACUCAGUUGGGCACGUUUACACCCUGCCCAUUUCCAGUCCAGAGGCACGGCGUGUCGCGCAUCGUGGGUGGCACAGAUGCCCAGCCAGGGGCCUGGCCCUGGAUCGUCAGCAUCCAGGAUCCCUGGAAAACAGGCACGGGGCAUACAUGCGGAGGGUCCCUCAUCAGCCCACAGUGGGUCCUCACAGCAGCCCACUGCUUCAUUGAGGCCAGGCACAUCACCAUGUGGCGCGUGGUGGUCGGGGCCACCCGGUUGACUCAGCUGGGCCCUGAGGCCCAAGUGCGCCAUAUCAAGCGGCUACUGGUUCACGAGCACUACAGUAACAUCACGCAGAGGAACGACAUCGCCCUGCUGGAACUGGACCAGCCUGUGCAGUGCAGCUACUCCAUCCAGCUUGCCUGUGUGCCCGACGCCUCGCUGAGAGUGUCAGAGCUGACAACCUGCUACGCCAGCGGCUGGGGUUCCACGACUGCAAGAUCUGGAGGAUCAACUGAUGUCCUGCAGGAGGCCAAGGUCCGCCUCAUUGAUGUCAACCUCUGUAACAGCAGCGGGUGGUACAGAGGGGCCAUCCACACCCACAACCUGUGUGCUGGCUACGCGCAGGGUGGCAUCGACACCUGCCAGGGCGACAGCGGUGGUCCUCUCGUCUGCAAAGAUAACAAUGCAGACUACUUCUGGCUCGUUGGAGUCACCAGCUGGGGGAAAGGCUGCGCGAGAGCAAGACGGCCCGGAGUCUACACCUCCACGCAGCACUUUUACGACUGGAUCCUGGCACAGAUGGGACUGCGCCCAGCAGUAUCGGCUACUCCAACGCCACAGCCAGGCUUCACCUCAAGCCCCUUUCAGAGGCCGAGACCCAUACCAACUCAGUUGGGCACGUUUACACCCUGCCCAUUUCCAGUCCAGAGGCUGGUGCAAUUCUUUACUCGGGUGCAGGAGCUCCUGCAGUUCCUAAGGGGGACAAAGGCCUGAGCAGCAGGAUGGACAGGAUCCAGUGCAGCCGGCAGCGUACCACUGGUAACUUUGCAACAACAGUUACGGUAUAUUGCCUGUAAUUGCAGUAGUACCUCUUUCCAUGCAUGUACAUCACUGGAAAUGGGUUCAGUUCAACACAAAGCUGAAAAAGAGCUCAAAUAUAGCUGAUGACUGUAUUUUUGCACACGUGUAACAAACAGACUCUGGGAAAAACCUGUAACUGUGGCUCUGUGGUUGAAAUGAAAUUGGGCUGAACUUUUACAUAAAUAAGGAGACAUAGUCUUGUUGCUACAUUCUGUCUCUUCUUUUCAAAGACCUCGUCGACGUUCCUUAAUUGCUGAAUACCAUCUUGCUAACCUGACUGAAAGUAGUGUAGCCGUUGGUGCUGAUGAGCUUGGCCAGCUCUUCAGUCUGAAUC